CUGGGUUAUUUUCAGGGGGUGUUAUUCAGUGGGCAGCCGGGAGCACAGCCAGCCUUGGCUGAAGGAUGCCUGGGAGCCAGAGCAGUGCUGGGGCAGCCGGCGCAAGCGGAAGCUCAGGGAGGUGAUGCUGUUCCCACAGCCGCUAAAUGGGGGUGCAGGGCUGGGGGGCUGCCCAGGGCUUUGUCCCCAGCUCAGGGGGAUGCUGCCGGCCACCAGGCUCUGCUUGCAGCCCCCCAGCAGUGGGAACUGCGGUCACGGAUGACGCGUCCCCUUGUCCUGCUGCAGAGGACAAGCCUGCUGCAAUGCGGUCGCUGGCGUGCCGGGGCUGCCGUUGCCCCCUGCAUCCCAGGCCUGUGGCGAGUGUCAUCGGCGUGUGGCUGGGCAGGUGACCAGGAUGCUGCACCAUGGGAAGCACUGGAGGUCUAUGUGCAAGGGGCUUGUCCUGGGGACCCUCCUGACCAGCUUCAUGCUGCUGCUCUACUCCUACGCCAUUCCCCCGCUGCAAGUCAGCGUGACAGAGAUCCCUGUCCCCUCCUCCUGCUCCUCCUACUUAGCCCCUGGCAAGUCCCCAGCAGUGGCCAACAGCACAGGCAGCCCCCCGGGAUGGAGCUGCCUGCCCAAGCUGAACAUCAUGUUCAUGAAGACGCACAAGACAGCCAGCAGCACCAUCCUCAACAUCCUUUUCCGCUUCGGGGAGAAGCAUCGCUUGAAAUUUGCCUUUCCCAAUGGCCGCAAUGACUUCUACUACCCCUCCUACUUUGAGCGCAGCCAGGUGCAGCACUACCGGCCAGGCGCGUGCUUCAACAUCAUCUGCAACCACAUGCGUUUCCACUACGAGGAGGUGCGCAAGCUCCUGCCGUCAGAUGCCACCUUUGUGACAGUGCUGCGGGACCCUGCCUACCUCUUCGAGUCCUCUUUCCACUACUUUGGGCGCGUCAUCCCCCUCACCUGGAAGCUGACGGGAGAGGACAAGCUGGCGGAAUUCCUCCGGGACCCCUGGCACUACUACGACCCCAAUGGGUUCAAUGCUCACUACCUCCAAAACCUCCUCUUCUUUGACUUGGGCUAUGACAACAACAUGAACGCCAACAGCCCGCUGGUGGAGGAGCACAUCCAGGAGAUAGAUCGCCGUUUCCACCUCGUCAUGUUGCUCGAGUACUUUGAUGAGUCCUUGGUGCUGCUGAAGGACCUGCUGUGCUGGCAGCUGGAGGAUGUCCUCUACUUCAAACUCAACGCCCGUAAGGGCUCCACCAUCUCCCGGCUGACACCUGACCUCUAUGAGAAGGCCACCUCCUGGAACCUCAUCGACGCCAAGCUCUACCGUUAUUUUAAUGCCACCUUCUGGCGUAAGGUGGAGGCCUAUGGGAGGGAGCGGAUGGCCAAGGACGUGGCAGAGUUGCAGAGGGAGAACGAGAAGAUGAAGAGCAUCUGCAUCGAUGGGGGACACCCCGUGGAUGCCAGUGCCAUUCAAGAGUCCUCUAUGCAACCCUGGCAGCCGCUGGGGGAGAAGUCCAUCCUGGGCUACAACUUGAAGAAGAAGAUCAACAAGAAGCACCAGAAGCUGUGCCGUAAGAUGCUGACACCCGAAAUCCAGUACCUGACUGACCUGGGGGUCAACCUCUGGAUCACCAAGCUAUGGAGCUAUGUGCGGGACUUCCUGAAGUGGUAGGGGACAGCAGGUGCCCCCCUCUCCCCGGGGAAGAACCAGGUGCUUUCAUUUUUCUUACUCAUGGUGUCUUUUGGUUGGACGUGAGCAGAACCAGCCGGAGGCUCCGGCACCCAGGGUCGGGAGGACCCUCCAUCACCUUCCUGCAGAGCCCCAGCUUGGGCAGGAGCCUGGGUGGGGGCUGCCAUCACCCACAGGCAAGGAGGGCAGAUCCUCUGCCUCCACACCUGCCUCUGAGGGGUCAAGGACCAGGGGCCUGGGGGUGGCUUUUUCCAGCAGGAUCCACUACUACUUUCCCCACAAAAAGGCCAGAGGAGAUAUUCAGGAAGGACAUGGCCUUGUCCCAGUGGGAGCAGGACAUCCAUCACUACGUCGCCAGAAGCACACCGUGGGUCAGUCAGUGCAGGCAGGGAUGUGCCCAGCCAGCAGUGGCGGAGGGUCCUCCUUACCUGGGGUGGGCAGAGCUGCCAGCAGGGAACCUGAAACUCGAGGGGCUCCUCAAAUCACCCUGUUUCCCUUGAGCCCUGGUUUUGGGGCUGCGUGUUGGAGCCUGCUGCACCACUCCGGCAUGUUCCAGCCCAUGGGUGUGAUGAGUGCGGCACGUUCUCAGCCCAUCCACAGCCAUUGGUCCAUGGCAGGCUGUGACCCGGAGCCACCUGGAGCCAUUUGGCACCCCAAAAGCCCCGGCAUUUAUCAGCGGGCUCAAGGUCACAGCAGGCAAAGGGUGUCCAUGCAGCAGGUCUCCUCCCAGCCCCCCAUCAUCCUGGUUAGAGGGCCCCGUGGCCCUGGUCCCUACAGGGGACAUUCCAGAAGGCUCACGGGGUCUGGUGAGAACUGGCACGGGGAGGAGAUGGGGAGUGGAGCGGGAUCUGGCAGCCACCGUCCCAGUAAUGCCAUCCCCCCGGCAUGGGGGGGUGCUGAGGACAGAGUCUGUUCCUGCCCCAUAGUGGGGACAAAACUCGGGCGUCCCAGCCGGGCUGGAUGACACUGGCAAUGCCGCGUCCUGCCAAGAGUGGCCCUGGCCGGGCACAAAGGUGGCACCCGCAGCUGAGCCUCCCCAGCAGCAAAUGGACCCCACCCAGCCCCCAGCCUGUGUUCUGCUCCCUUUGUAAAGACCAGAAAUAAAAAAGCAGUUCUACUUUUGUAAGAUAA